UUAAGUGUGAUAAGAUAAGUGAGAGGACUUUCUUGACGUUGUCUUCUGCAUUUAGGUAAAAGAUUUGAAAGUAAUGAAAUUCUCAAGAAGCUUUAAUUUAGCAUGACGUUGACAGAUAAUAAGAAGCAAUAAACAUUAUUGUAGACUAGGGCUAGAAUUUUAACCUGGCAUACGUGGAAUCUGGUGGACCAGCUUAGUAUAAUCAUCAGUCAUGUUAGCAGUUGACUAGGACAUAAUCCCUAGUGCUUGCUGUAUUGUGAAAAUACUUGUCACUCUGUACAGACCAGCAAUAAAGCAAAGAUGAGUUUUGCAGCUUUAGCCAGGGAUAUACCAGCUGCUGGCAGAGUGUAUGUGAAAGGAGGUAUGACUCAGGGCCAUGUAGAGAAGUCCAAGGAAAAUAUCAUUGUUGAAAAGUACAAACCGUCUGUGGGGAAAGGUUCAGAGUAUGCUGCAAAAUUCAAAGCUGAAGCUGAUAAAGCUUACUUUGAGUCAAUCACAUCACUGAGCCACGAUGUAAAGCGGAUUGAUGUAACUGAGGGCGAGAGCAGUGCCAGUCAUAUGUUUCAACCUGAGGAGCUGACGUCCAUUGGCACUUUGCCAAAUCUGCGAGAACUCAAUAGAGAAGAGCUCACUCAGGUGUACCAACGUUACACAUUCUCACCGUCCGAGCCUUCUGAGCAACUGCAGCCUAUCCACAGAGAAAGAGAAAAGAUACUGUCCAUGAUCGAACUGAACCAAGUUUGCAUCAUCAAGGGACCGACUGGUUGUGGUAAGAGCACUCAGAUCCCACAGUUUAUCCUGGACUCUCACGUAGAGCGCGGCAGUCACUGCAACAUUAUUGUGACACAGCCCCGGCGUAUAGCAGCCAUCGCCAUUGCUCAACAUGUCUGUGAGGAACGCAAGUGGGAGGUCGGCGGCUUGGUCGGAUAUCAGGUCGGAUUGGAUCGAACAGUCAGUGAUGACACCCGCCUGCUGUACUGCACCACUGGUGUUCUUUUGGAAAAGAUCAUCAGUGCCAAACACCUAAAUGAUUACACUCAUAUCUUAUUAGAUGAAGUUCAUGAGAGGGAAGAAGACAUGGAUUUUGCCCUAUUGAUCGUCAAGAGAUUGCUGCGAAUUAAUUCACCAAAUGUUAAGGUUGUCCUCAUGUCUGCAACCAUGGAUGUAUCACGUUUUGCUAAAUACUUUGAAGUUAUAUUACGCAAUGAGAGGCAGUUAGCACCAUUCUAUGAGAUAAAACGUGAAAGUAAGUUCACAGUUCAAGUGAAUUACCUCGAUGCAUUACGCAAUUUGGGAGAGUUUCCUCGAUCCAACAGAGAUGAACCGAAUAUUUCUAAAGAGCUAUACGAACUGAUCCCAUUCAUGAUUCAAGCUUUCAACAAAAUUGAUCAAGUUGAAUAUGAAAAGAAAAGGAUCAAUGAUGAAAAAGGAGCAGUUCUAAUUUUCUUGCCAGGCCUUUACCAGAUCGAGACUUUGUUUGACCUGCUUGCGUGUGAAGAUAAGAAAAAUCCACAAGUUUUUAAUCUGUGGCUUUGCCCCCUACACUCCUCGAUCACAAAAGAUGAACAAGAAAAAGUUCGGCAAUAUGCACCCCAAGGGAAGCGGAAGAUUAUACUGUCAACAAAUAUUGCAGAAAGUUCUAUAACAAUCCCAGAUGUCAAAUAUGUGAUAGACUUCUGUCUAACCAAACACUUGGUGGCUGACCCCAUCACGGGGUUCACCAGUCUCCAGCUGGCGUGGGCCUCGCACACCAACUGUAUACAGCGAGAGGGUCGUGCUGGACGAGUACAGGACGGCCGAGUGUACAGACUUGUAGAUAAAGAUUUCUACCUGUUUUCAAUGGCAAAAGAGAGUGUUCCGGAAAUGCAGAGGUGCCCUCUAGAUAUCAUUGUCUUGAAGAGCAAAAGAUUGGAGGAAAACAUCUGUCCCUUAAACUUGAUAGCUUGCGCUAUGGACCCCCCAGACCUCAGCAACUAUGAGAAAACAAUCCUCAAAUUAAAGGAGGUUGGGGCACUGUUGACUACCUGCAAAGGAGUGAAUACAACUACGGAUGGAGACUUGACGUUCUUUGGUAAAGUGAUGUCAUCUCUCCCCUUGGACAUCCACAUCACCAAACUGAUCUUGCUCGGACACAUCUUUGAUGUGCUAGAAGAAGCCAUCAUCAUGGGAAGUGCAAUGUCUGUGAGGAACAUAUUCAGUGAACCAUUCCGAAAAAGGUUGGAAGCAUACAACAACAAGUUACUGUGGGCUGAUGCAUCAGAGAGUGAUUCUAUAGCUUACCUCAAUGCUUAUGUGGUAUGGCGACAUCUAACAGGUCUUGGGAGGUUCAACCGAUCCAAGAUGUCAGAGGAUGCGUGGGCACGCAGGUACAUGCUACAGAUCAAACACCUACGAGAGGUUGCCAAGCAAGAGGAUGACAUCAAGAAGCGACUCAAGUACUUCAACAUUGGGAAUGUGAGAGUCAAAGGCCUGUGGAAGACAACAGAGAAACCUCUCAUUUUAAAGAUUGUGCUAGCGGGAGCAUUCUACCCACACUACUUCUCACGCAGUGCUCAGAACCCCAGUGCAGAGACUGAUGCGGUUAGAACACUGUCUGGCCACAGUCCCUACAACAGCGUUUAUCUCCAGAACAUGCCACAUCCUGCACCCCUGUACCUGGAUCAGGUGAAGGACUGUCUAAGGAAAAAUGGUGUCUCGGACAUUAUGCAAUUGUACAGCGAUGACUCCAGGAAAGUGAUUGUACAGUUCCACCAAGGGGACUCCCCAAAAGAAGAGACAGUUGGAGAUACAUGUUUACACUUGAACAUUCCUGGAGAGAUAGUGAUGCCUGUUUAUAGAGCUGUCAAGCUGCGACAGUUAAAUAUUCCGAUUAUAGUCAACACAUACUCAGCAAGCCAGGUGAGAGAAGAACUGAGGAAGUUGAGUUUGCGGUCAAGAAGCUCCAUGUUGACACUUGCUUCCACACCUGAGUACAAAUCUCCAAUUAAACUGACACAACAGAUAAUUGAGAUUGAAAUAACCCAUGUGGAAACCGCUGGCCACUUCUAUGGACACAUUUUACCAAGGGACGAUAGACUCAUCAACAUUCAUCAGUUGAUGAACCAGAAAAACAGGCUUCGCCGAGUGACUGGAGAAGUUCUUGAGGACUUGAUCUAUGCUGCUCCAUACAGAGAUGGGGAUGAUGAGUUCAUGUACUAUCGGGCCAAAGUCAAGCGGAAGUUUUCAACAGCUGACAAGCAAUUUGUGACGGUGGUUUUUAUUGACUACGGCAAUAAUUUGGAUCUCCCUGCUUCCGAACUGAGAGAGUUGGACAGUGAAGAGGCACAACAAGAGUUAGAGAAAUGUCCACCUUUUGCACUUCACUGCACGUUGGCUGAGGUGUGCCCCAGCAUAUGGAGUGAUCAGGUGGGUCAAUGGUCUGAUGCAGCCAACGAUUAUGUGACUCGCACAAUUCUAAACAAGGCUUGGGCUGCUGAGGUAUAUUCAUGUAUUUGUGGAGUGGCAUCAAUACACUUGUUUUUGAGGGAUAAUUCCAAGCCAUCAGACAGUGCACCUUGCACAUUGAAUAAAGUACUCGUCCAGAAGGGAUUUGCAAGGAAUAAAGAGGAAGACUACUUUUCAAAGCUAAAUCAUGCAAAGAGGGUGGAAGUCCAGCAGAGCGAACAGUACAACGUUGAAGCUAGUGCGGAUUAUGAAGACGGAAUGGUCAAGACCUUUGAAAAAGACCUCAUGUCUCUUCCUACCACCAGUGGCCUUUCUCGGGUGACCCUGAAGGGUCCCAACUCACCUUUAGAGAUGAAGCUGUACAGUAUGACUAGAUGCAGCUCCCAGAAAGAAGUAAAGGUUGAGUGGAACUCUGUCAACUCAGUGCUUCUCGAUGCAGACCCUACGGAUCCCCAUGACAGGCUUUUGGUAGCAGGGUCUGUUACACAGUCGGCGGAUGGUCGAAAGCUCACUCUGAAUCACACCACAGUUCUGCCGAAUCUGAAUGGCCUUGCUGCACUCAUCUGCCUCAUCUUUGCUCCAACUAUCGAACUCAGGACGGAUGAGAGCUUGUCACAGUACACUGGUGCACUCUGUGGACUGGGCAAGCUGAGCAGUGGUCUACCCUUGUACAAAGAAAACGAUAUGGAAAUUAUUUUUGACGUUGAGUUUACAAAUGAAGAUCUACUGAAUGUGAACAAGCUGCGCUACUGGUUGAACGAGAGGUUUUGCAGUGAUGAUACUGAGGAUAUGCCAGAUUCUCACAUUAUUAAAAUACAGAACCACAUCAGGGAGUUCAUCAUCAGUUUGGUGAAAACCAGAUCUCAGCGCAACAGUAUCAGAGUAUACCCCAAUCUCCAGCCUCACAUGUGGGGAAAAUUGAAGCUAGAUCAUGUUUUCCACCCAUUACCUGAAGCGGACGAAGCUGACUUGGCCAAAUUUAUCUACAAACUACAUGAGGGGGUAGACAUUAAUCCCAAAAAUGGUUGUUCAGAAAUUGAACGGUUUAUACACCUUUUGGAAAAACUUGAGGAAACCUUGAAUAGUGGUUUGAGGCCUCGCCAGAUAUAUUGUGACCUCUGUGAUGCUCACUUUGAGUUUCUUAACCAGCUGCAGCAACACAUGGAUACCACCUACCAUCAGCGUCUGGUGCAAUGGCUUCAGUCCCGUGCCAAUGUCCUAGGGCUCACAUUUAAGAAAGGAUUAAAUCUUAAAUAAUAUGCUCAAUAUUAAACAACCAUAAAUUUCAUCUUUAUUUUUCUUCAAGUUUGAUUUAGGUCUCUUUCAUUAGUAUUUAGUUGUGAAGUAAAUGAAAAUAUUGAGAUCUGUUUUAUUUUUCUCAAUUUUCACUUUUGAUCAAUAAGUUUUUUAGGAUAAGACAUGAUUAAAUUUUAAUAAAUGUAAUAUUUAAAUAAAAGAAGAGAACUGUUUAGGAAUUUAGAUUGUUUAUUUCAAUUUAAAUACAUUGUAAUAAAACUGUGAUUAUUUGUAUAUUAAAAUAACAUCUAUUAUAACUGUAAACUUCAUUGUGAGUAUUUGUAUACUAAAAUAACAUGUAUUAUAACUAUAAACUUAGUUGUUACAUGGCCUUGUAAAAUAUACACUUAACACAAUUGUUUUUUAUUGUAAAGUUUUUUAUUUUGUCAUCAGUCACAAUAAACUGAUUGUGAUGUUUUUAAA